AUGGCGGGACCAAAAUUUUAUGCCGGUUUUGACAGUGUGCCGGGUUGUGCCGUGUUGGCAGGUGUCACUAUCGAGACCAGUGUAGCAGUGAAACUAGAAGUAGUGUUCACUCCGGAGCUGGAAGUAGUGUCCGCUCCUGAGCUGGAAGUCUUGUCGCCUCCUGAACUCGAUGUUGUCUCCCCUCCUGAACUAGAAGUGGUGACUGUCCCUGAACUAGAAGUAGUGGCUGCUCCUGAACUAGAAGUGGUGGCUACUCCUGAACUGGAAGUGGUGGCUGCUCCUGAACUCGAUGUUGUCUCCCCUCCUGAACUAGAAGUGGUGGCUGCCCCUGAACUGGAAGUAGUAGCUGCUCCUGAACUAGAAGUGGUGGCUGCCCCUGAACUGGAAGUUGUGGCUUCUCCUGAACUGGAAGUAGUGGCUGCUCCUGAACUAGAAGUGGUGGCUACUCCUGAACUAGAAGUGGUGGCUACUCCUGAACUGGAAGUAGUGGCUGCUCCUGAACUAGAAGUGGUGGCUGCUCCUGAACUAGCAGUGGUGGCUGCUCCUGAACUAGAAGUGGUGGCUACUCCUGAACUAGAAGUGGUGGCUUCUCCUGAACUAGAAGUGGUGGCUGCUCCUGAACUAGAAGUGGUGGCUGCUCCUGACCUGGGAGUAGUGGCUACUCCUGAACUAGAAGUGGUGGCUACUCCUGAACUAGAAGUGGUGGCUGCUCCUGACCUGGGAGUAGUGGCUACUCCUGAACUAGAAGUGGUGGCUGCUCCUGAACUAGAAGUGGUGGCUACUCCUGAACUAGAAGUGGUGGCUGCCCCUGAACUGGAAGUGGUGGCGGCUCCUGAACUAGAAGUGGUGGCUACCCCUGAACUAGAAGUGGUGGCUGCUCCUGAACUGGAAGUGGUGGCUGCCCCUGAACUGGAAGUGGUGGCUGCUCCUGACCUGGGAGUAGUGGCUACUCCUGAGCUAGAAGUGGUGGUUACUCCUGAACUGGAAGUGGUGGCUGCUCCUGAACUGGAAGUAGUAGCUGAUCCUGAACUAGAAGUAGUGGCUGCCCCUGAACUGGAAGUGGUGGCUUCUCCUGAACUGGAAGUAGUGGCUGCUCCUGAACUAGAAGUGGUGGCUACUCCUGAACUAGAAGUGGUGGCUACUCCUGAACUGGAAGUGGUGGCGGCUCCUGAACUAGAAGUGGUGGCUACUCCUGAACUAGAAGUGGUGGCUGCUCCUGAACUGGAAGUGGUGGCUGCCCCUGAACUGGAAGUAGUGGCUGCUCCUGAACUAGACGUGGUGUCUACUCCUGAACUGGAAGUGGUGGCUGCCCCUGAACUGGAAGUGGUUGCUGCUCCUGAACUAGAAGUGGUUGCUACUCCUGAACUAGAAGUGGUGGCUGCUCCUGAACUAGAAGUGGUGGCUGCUCCUGAGCUAGAAGUGGUGGCUACUCCUGAACUAGAAGUGGUGGCUUCUCCUGAACUGGAAGUGGUGGCUGCCCCUGAACUAGAAGUGGUGGCUGCUCCUGAACUAGUAGUGGUGGCUGCUCCUGAACUAGAAGUGGUGGCUACUCCUGAACUAGAAGUGGUGGCUACUCCUGAACUGGAAGUGGUGGCUGCUCCUGAGCUGGAAGUAGUGGCUUCUCCGGAGCUGGAAGUGGUAGCUGCUCCUGAACUAGAAGUGGUGGCUACUCCUGAACUGGAAGUGGUGGCUGCUCCUGAACUAGAAGUGGUGGCUACACCUGAACUAGAAGUGGUGGCUGCUCCUGAACUGGAAGUGGUGGCUUCUCCUGAACUGGAAGUGGUGGCUGCCCCUGAACUAGAAGUGGUGGCUGCUCCUGAACUAGCAGUGGUGGCUGCUCCUGACCUGGGAGUAGUGGCUACUCCUGAACUAGAAGUGGUGGCUACUCCUGAACUAGAAGUGGUGGCUACUCCUGAACUAGAAGUGGUGGCUGCUCCGGAGCUGGAUGUGGUGGCUGCUCCUGAACUAGAAGUGGUGGCUGCUCCUGAACUAGAAAUAGUGGCUACUCCGGAGCUGAAAGUGGUGGCUGCUCCUGAACUCGAAGUGAAGUGGUGGCUGCUCCUGAACUGGAAGUGGUGGCUUCUCCUGAACUAG